ACUAUUAGAUAAGGACCCCAGGAAAGAAGACAUGCAGUAGGCACACUAUUCACCAAGCUCUGAAGUUAGGCUGCUUGGAAGAGGAAAGCCACAUAACCUGCCUGACGCUGCCUUUGAUGUUCUCCACAAGGUAUUCAAUGAUGUGACCAGUAAAGAACUCCAGCAAAUAGGAAGAGAAGCCAUACCCUCACAAAAAGCGCUGCUUCCCAUGAUUCUGGUCAUGUGUCUCCGCACUUCGGGUCUUAUGUCUCAGUGAAAAACAUGUACAGAUUUAACACCAAAAGAGUAAGAGCUGCAGCUGGCCAAGCAUGGACUACAAACCUCCACAAGAUCAGAAGAUCUCUUAAAAAUGUUUACCAGAAAUGUAAGACCCACCACUCAUAUUCAACUAACUACCCAACAAGGGCUUCUUACGAUUGCGAUGAAGAUACUCUCAGUUUGAAAGAAGAAAUGAAUCUACCAGUAAUGCUCCAAGACAUUAAAAUGGGACAAAUGGAACUCCUCAACCAAAUGACUAACAUUGUCAGCACAAUAUCAAAUAUCCAGGUAAAGAUCAACCAUUAUCAGAAUCAGAUGGAAGCCCUAGAAACAAGAAUAGACAUCAGUGAAGACAGACAAACUGCAACCACCAAAGACAUUCUCUCCAUGAAAGAAGAUAUCAACACUCUAAAGAAGAAGGUGACAGAGAUGGAAAGCCAGAAUUCUUUCUCCAGCAUCCACUGUCUAGAGGUCUUAGAAGGACAAAAGGGUAAAGAAUUUGUACAGCUCCUCCAUAAACUCCUACAACCUGAAACCCCAAAGAGUACAGCCACCUCUCCAGACACUCUCAUCCCUUCAGCAGAGCCAGAGAGAGUGCCCAGCUACCCAGAGCCCACUGGUGAGCUUAAGAAAAAGACAAUGUCACCUCAGAAUAUAACUCAGAAGAAAAAUAAUAGCCUUCGAAAUGCAUCAGUGGGUUGCAAAAAGGUAAGGUCAAAUAUUUAUAUUUAUCCUGACUUCAGUACAUGGAUCAAGCUCAAUUUUGUUCACGGAGGAAAUUGGAGAUUUUUCCUCAGUGCUACCAAGUUAGAGGAAUUCAUCCAGUGGCUUCUGUCUAGGCCAACCAUCCUUCCUGAGGAACCACAAAUCAUACCCCAGAGAGACUAUGCCUUCACCGGAGCCAUUGAGAGGUUGGCCACAAUCUGUCUCUCUCUUUUCCACUAUGUUUAUUGCCUCUUUGGUUCUUCAAAAGAGGAAAUAACUCGACUUUAGAGAUAUUUCCUGCUUGGCUUAGUACAAAAUAAAUGUAACCCAUUUGCUUCAAGUA